AUGUCGUGGUCAAAUCCUUACUUUGACCCCCCGUCGCCAUCACCUGCGCCCUGGUCCACCUCGCCCAUCACAGCACUACCCCCUCUCACCAACAUGAUGACGAGCGCACUCUCGCCGUCCAUGGUCAAUAUUCAGGCCCCCUUUGCUGAUGCUGGUCAUCUCAAAGCUGCCGUCCCCCCUGCAUCACCUCAAAAGAAGCAGCGCGCCUCCUCGCCCAAGAAAGCUUCCAAGCUCGCCUCUUCCUCUCCGGCUCCAUCAUCGUCACCCCUUAAAAAGGCGAGAAGCUCCUUCAAGCGCACUUCUAGCACCGCCAGCAUCAUGGACGCCGUCAUGAACUCACGAGCCGCCAUCGACCACGAUACCGCCCCUGCGCAGGGCCUCGGUCUGCCCAUUUCGAGCAGCAACAUCUUCGAAUAUAGUCGCUCUUCGCCUUUCGCAUCGUCGUCGUCGACCACCCUCGCCGACCUCGAAGACGCAGACACCUCCAAGGUGCUCUCUACCCCUCGUCGCGGCAAGCGCGUUGGCAACGUCCAUAUGGGAUGGGAGUCUCCCGUCAGCGGCGAGCGCACUCCCAAUGCUGUUCCUCACACUUUGCCCAAGAUCGGUCGUCCAUCUCAUCCUCUAGCUAGCACUGCCGUCGAGGCCUCUCCAAGCAAGCGCAAGGCGUCUACCGCCUUCGCAUCGGAGCUCCACACUUCCCAGCGCAGCCUCGUCGAUCUCUCGGGCUGGGCCUCGGCUGCCAUGAUCAGCUCGGUGCCUCUCUCAGAAGAUCGCAGCAAAAGCUCGCCCGGCUUUUCACCUCGCUUCGUACCCGAGCCCGUCAUGACCGGUCUCUUCUCGGUCGAGACGCGCGAUCCAUUCGCCGCCUUCACCUUUGAGGAUUCGCCCAUCAUCGACCAGAACGCAAAGCUGGUGCCACUCGAGGUCGAAGGCCUGGGUCGAGUCGCCAUCCACCGCGACUUUGCGCAGCAGAUCACCGAUCACCCUCCCAACCCCGACAGCUUUGCAUCGAGACGCUUUUCCUGCUCGUCUGAUCGCGAUGCGUCGGCGCUGCUGCGAGGAUGCGACUCGGACGACUCGGCAGCUCGAAGCGAGAAUGGGUCCUCCACCGAUCCCACUUCGGCCGGCACUCCUUGCCCCUCGGGCAUCUCACCCAGCUUCUCGUUAUCGUCUCAGUUCCCGGCCUCCGAGCCCGUCUCGCCGGUCAAGAAGAUGAACAAGGCGAGCCAAGCGUCCGGGGACAUCAGCGCUGAAACCCAGAAGGCGUUGAUGGCAUUGAUGCGCAUGGACCCGGUCGGUUCCUCCAAGCAACAGGACGACAAAGUCCACCGCCCUCGUCUCGGCGGCAGCAGCAACAGCGCCGCCAAGCUGCCAACACUCGACUGGCCCGACUGCCCAAGCGGCCCCUGGUCCGCUGCUGGCCGUCACAUCGACGAUGUCAAGCAGAAGCGCCGCGAGGGCAUUCAGCGAUGGCUCGAGUCAGAUUCGAGCGACGAGACCGAGCUCGACCUCGCAGAGCCUUCGGGCGCAUCAGCUUUCCGACACCAUCCGAUGGUGGCCAAGGCCUUGCUCGAUCGUGCUCGCAAGCUUCAGCGUGCCCAGCUCUCGGCCGCCGUCACUGCUGCCGCCAACGCUCGCACUCCCGCCAAACGCGGCAGGAAGUCGAAGCAACAGCUGCUGCUGCGCGUCGCCGAGACACCAAAGCGUCGUGGCCGCAAACCCAAGGUGGCGGCUUCCGUCGCUAGCUCGUCACGCAAAUCGGUGGCGACCGGCGCUUCUUUGGCACGAUCCAACGCCAGCGCCAUCUUUGGCUGCAAGUGCGGCAUCGACGAUGAUUCCAUCAUCAUGGUCCAGUGCGACGGAUGCCGACACUGGCUUCACCUGCCCUGUGUCGGCAUUGAUGCGGUCAACGAACUUUCAGACGAGUGGUUCUGCGACGACUGCUGCGAGGCCGCCCUCACGGAACACCUCUCGCCUGCCUCGUCGAUGCCAGCUUCAGCUUCCUCCUACGCGCAUCUCAGCACGCCCGAGGCGCUCGAGGCUGUGCUCUUGGGCCAGGAGCCCGUCUUCACUCUCCCGAGUGGCACACCCAUCCACCGCCACGGUGUCGCUGUGUCGUCAUCGAUCGCACUCGCUCCCAGCCCGCCGCUUCUGUCGGUGGGCGAUCGUGGUGGACGCAGCACAGUCAAGCGUCAAGGUCAGGGUCGUUCUCGAGCCGAGCGCGUUGGCUGGAGGAUCAACGAACCCGGAUCGCCGCUCGCUCGCAAGAGCACCACCGCCUCGUCCGGUGUCCGCCCUGCCGUACCCGAGACUCCCUCGAGGUCCAGCGAAGCUACAGCCGACUUCACCGAUGCCAGCACCACGCCGAGCCUGCUCGCCGGCUUCUCGCGCGCUGAUUGGGAGCCCACCCGCGCCAGCAACAGGUCCGAGCGCCAGGCCACACCGCCUCGCAUGGUUGGUAUGAGCACGCCUAGCCGCCACGCCUCCGGGCGCAAGGCUAGUCACUCGGGUCCGCUCUCCCUUGGUCUUGGCGUGGACGAGGCGGUGCACGCCGACGUCUUUUCGACGCCUUCCCGCCUUGCUUCCGGUGGCUCUUGGGCGUACCGUUCAGGCGCUCAGCCUCUGGGCAGCCAGACACCGUCGCGCUCAGCCGGUCGUCAUCAGCGGGUCGACUCCUUUAGCGGUGGUCUGCUGUCCACGCCGGGUCGCGACUUUUUGUCAGGUGCCUUCGGCACCGAGCCUUCCACCAGCAUGCCCAGCCUGGUCUACAGCAGCGGCUAUGUGGACGGCUUCGAGGACCACCUCGGCAACGAGGCCUUCUACAACGGCAGCAACAGCCGAGCGUGGCAGCUCCAGUCGCCCACCUCGAGCACGCGUGCCGUCCGCGCCCGUCAGCCAUCAGGUCUCGGCACGCCCUGGUCGAGCUCACUGCUCAAGACGCCCGAGCUGCAGCCUCGCCAGCCCAACAUGUCUUCAAUGCGCGCAGGCAGGUUCGAUGCGAGCGACGACUUCCCUCCCUCGUCAUCGCCCUUCCCGCGCACGCCGACGUUCGACAUGAGCAGCCCGCGCUUCCUCGCCCCGCACAGCUACGGCACGCACGAACGCCAGCCGAGCCAUCUUGGGUUGGGUCUGCCUUCGGGCGCCGGCGCUAGCUCGUCGGCGCGCCUGCACAAGGCGCUGGGUACCGCUGGCAGGGACGGCAAUAGGUCGAACAGCAGCAGCGGCGCCAAGCAUCGCCAGGUGUCGACCGAGGUGCCUAUGGGACUGGGCAUCGGGCUGGAUUUGGAUGAUGUGCUCGAUUGGGCGUGA